AUGAUGAGGUGUGGCUCAGACCCCUAUAGAGGAGCCUCUGAGGGAAGCAGAAGCCAGAACACAGCUCGCCCACUACUGAGAGUAGCCCGGUGGAUACUUCCAGCCGCCACCCUGGAGGUCUUCGAAUCCAGUGCCCUGCAGUCAUCCCCGGGAGAGAUGCAGAGAGACACGUUGCUGGUGUCAUCAUCUGCAGCCCCAAACUCUGCGGUGGCUGUAGACCAAGAUGCCAGCACAUCAGACGACCCAAGCAAGAGUGAGACCGGACCCUACACCUGUCCCCAAACCAUGCGGAAGCCCAGCAUGUCGAAGGUGAUUCUGAGGGCUGUGGCUGACAAGGGGACACACAGACGUGUGUCCCUUGCUGCCUUGAAGAAAGCUGUGAGCAUCACAGGCUAUGAUAUGGCCCACAACAGCUGGCGCUUCAAGCGCGCAGUCGAGAAUCUAGUGAAGAAAGGCAUGCUCAAGCAGGUAACUGGCAAGGGUGCCUCAGGCUCUUUCCGCCUGGGCAAGAAGCAAGCCUUCAAGUCCAAGCGCAAGGCCAAGAGACGCCAGCGGAGGCAGCAGAGGCGGAAGCCUAGGCAGCGCCGGUCUGGACCAAGCCAGUCACUACUAGGCUCCCGAAAGAGCCAUAAAGGGCUUUACAAGGGAGUCCAUAGAGGGGCCAGAGGCCGCCGCCAUUAA